UUUUAAGGUAACUAAUUCUGCAACUUAGUUAUGUGUGUUGUGAAGAUCUACUCCAUUUUGCUUGUCCUGAACCUACCUGUUGGCCCAUUUUAUUGCAUAACCUUGAUUUCUGCUGUUUUUAUUCUGGUGCAGUGUGGGCCUUCUGAAUUAUGUGACCAUAUUCCUUGGUAGCUAGCCAUCCUUCUGUCCCAAGCUCUAGUAUUCUGCAAGAGAGGAUAACUUUUCUGUGGGGGAAAGUAGGUAGCAUUUAUUCCUUGUCCUGUGAACCCAGGGAUUUAAUCAGAAAUCUGACUUCAUAGUCAACAAUUUAGCAAUACAAAGAGAUAAUUGAUUUAUUUUUUUUAGGCCUUCAGGAAAUACGGUGCCUUGGACAAAGUAAAGCUGACCUGCUUUCAUUUUAACAGCUUGUAGCUUCAUUCACAUGUUACAUUUUUAAUAGACAUGAUUGUGAAUCUCUCCCUAUGCAUUUUUGAAUGUUUGUGGUUCAACUUAUAGAGGGUGACCACACGGUCAUGGCUAGUCACACACACUCCUUCUAAUCUACUUCACAGGGUUGUUAUGAGGAUAAAAUGGGAACCAUGUACACCACCCUGAGUUCCUUGGAAGAAGGCUGGGAUAAGAACAUAAUAAAUAACUGAACUGGGGAGAUCACAUAUUCAAAUAGUAGAAAGGUGUGGACCUGAGAUCUGCUCCCAAAUUCAGUGCAGGGUCAGUUCUGGCAUAUCUCUGAUUUGCAUCUGGAUCCCACCUACCAUAUCACUAAGAAUCUCACCCAGGUCUGUGCCUCUUCCAAAGGAGUGACUGCCUCAGACCCUGGCCUGUUUGGAGACUUUAUGUGUGAUUCCCCAUAUCGGCUUAUUUUAUCAUCUUUGCAGUACAUGAGGAAUUCAGGUCAACAGGCAUCCUUCAUGAUAUGGACAGGAGACAGUCCUCCUCAUGUUCCAGUGAAAGAACUCUCUACCAAGAUUGUCAUUGAUAUUAUUGGUAACCUGACUUCUACCAUAAGAAAUUUCUUCCCAGAUCUCCAAGUUUUUCCUGCAUUGGGAAAUCAUGACUACUGGCCACAGGAUCAGCUGCCAGUAUCAGUCAAUGAAGUUUACAAUGCUGUAGCAGAGUUUUGGAAGCCUUGGCUUACUGAUGAAGCGGUCAGCACAUUAAGAAAAGGUGGCUUUUAUACACAGCUAUUUCAACCCAGCACAACAUCUCAGCCUCUUCGGAUAAUCAGUUUAAACACAGUCUUAUACUACAGUCCUAACGCUAUGACUAAGAAUAUGACUGAUCCAGCAGACCAGCUUGAAUGGCUGGAACACACACUGGAGGUGGCACAUCAGAACAAGGAAAUGGUAUAUGUGAUAGCACAUGUUCCAGUAGGCUAUCUGCCUUAUAUUCGAAAUAUUACUGCCAUAAGAGAGCACUUCAAUGAAAGGUUGAUAGACAUUUUUCGCAGGCACAGUAGUGUAAUUGCUGGUCACUUUUUUGGACACACUCACAAAGACAGCAUCAUGAUUCUUCUGGAUGAAAAGGGAAACCCAAUAAAUUCCAUGUUUGUAACACCUGCUGUGACACCAGUCAAGGCUAUAUGGGAGACUGACUCAAACAAUCCUGGAGUGAGACUCUAUCAAUAUGACCCCCUUUCAUACAGUGUCCUGGAUCUUUGGCAGUUCUACUUGAAUCUCACAGAAGCCAACAUGAAAAAUGAAUCGGAUUGGAAGCUUGAAUAUAUUAUGACCAAGGCUUAUGGGAUUGAGGACUUAAAACCAGAAAGCUUAUAUGGAGUAGCAAAGCAAUUUGGUGAACCAGACAGUAAACUGUUCCAAAUAUAUUACAAACAAUAUUUUGUAAGUUAUGAUGAUGCAAACUUGUUCUGUGGAGAGCACUGUAAGACCAGCCAAAUCUGUGCAAUCCAAUAUUUAGACCACUCCUCCUAUACGAGUUGUGUUGAGCAUAAAGGCAAAUCUCAGCAUGGAGUGAACGGAACUGUAUCCUCCAAAGAUAAAAUCAGUGAAUAGUGUGUGUUUACUCCUUGUGUUAUGGUGUAAAAUUUGAGGCCUUAAAAACAAUCAAACAAAACUUCCCAGGAAGAAAGAGUUCAUUCACCUGCAAGCAUAACCAUCUUAUUUUGUUAAUGCUGUUAAACAUCCAAAUCAGUAAUUUAAGCAACUAGGGGAAUUGCUUAGUAUUUUAAAAGCCACCCCUUCAGUGCUUGCAGAAAAUGUCUUAUUCAAAUAAGUAAAGCAUGCAACUAGAUCUUUGACAGACCAAAGAACUCCAAGAGAUGCAGGAUUUUAGUGGUACCUCACAAAUUAGCUGUGGAUUUUAUCUCAUGUUGUUCACUACAUGAGCAAGGUAUUUUGACUUGUAUGGGGUAGGCACAACUCAAACGACCUCUACCAUUCCUCAUUUGUAAAAAUGCAAAAGGUAUGCACAUUGGAAAGGUUUAGUCAAAUAGUGCCUAACACUUGUAAACUGUAAACAUUAACUGAAACAACUGAAUUGCAAAAUGGCAGUUUUUUCUUUCUAAGCUUUUAAGAAUUUCAAAGACACCUGAGAGUGAAUGAGGCCUCAAAGUGGUUGUUUCCAUGCGAUCUGGGGUCUCUUUAAUGUCAGAUUAUUGCAUUGAAUUGAUUUUUACAGGAUUGCACAUAUCCAUAGGACUCUUGAUACUACUUUUAUACGAAGGACUUGCUUCUUCCCUAGUGCUGAUUCUAUAAAAGACCUUAACAAAUUGUUGUCUUGAGAUUUCUAGAAAGAUACUGCUUGUAUGAAGUGCACGGGGAAAUAACUUCACUGCGGACUAAAUCGUACAGCUUGUUCCUAAACUUCUCCUUGGAAAUAAGUCUCACUGAGUUCAGUAAAACUUACAUCUGUUGUAAAUAUGAAGUAAGGAUUGCAGCAUAUAGCAAAAAUACAAAGUUAUUAUACUAUCUCAGGGUAUUUUGUGGGCGACCACCCUCCCCCCACUGUUACAAUAAACCCUUAUUCCAAAUAUAUCUGCCUUCAAUUGGUUGGGUUUUGGAUUUUUUUAACUUUAAUGUUUGUAAUCUGAUGGCUACUCUAGAAUAAUUUAUUGGGUGUAUAUAAAAUAAUAUAAUUUUUUUAAAAAAAAAAAUCCCAAGAUAACAUUUGAAUGAAAUAGUGGAAAUCCAUUAGAAGUUUUUCCAUAAGUCUAAACCUUUAAGUGAAACUUCUGGGCAUUUUGUGAGCUACCCAGAGAACAAUUUGUUAUAGGUGGCUAACAAAUAAAAAGUUGUAUUGUUAUUAUUUA